AGUGCCGGUCGAUUUGGUCUGCACACGCAGUCUCGUAUGACGACGACUGGCCAGCCGAUCGCUCGCACGUCGUCGAUUCGCGUUGAAACACCCUCAUCGCACGCCGGUCUUCGAAAUCCAAAUCCCCGAGUCCGAUCGCGUUGUGUACAAAAAAAAUAAAAACAAAAAACAAACACACACACACACACACACCCGCAGACGUCGUAACACUCGGUCCGAGUUCGCGUCGCAAUCAAAUACAUCUCGCACGCGUGGCGCGUUUACUCUGCACGUAACGAUAAAAUAUUUACUUACGGUCCACACACAAACUCUUAAGUCACACUUCGUGAACAUACCUACUUUUUGUCUACAAGUUUGUAUGCAAGCUGCAAAUAUUCAAGUAUUACAGUCACACAAAUAUUUUCAGAAUGAUUACUUUUGGACAACAUUUUGCCAUAUCGUUGGCUACUCAACAGCACAAAACUAAAAAUCAACAAGAACACCAACAAGAACAUCAAAAUCAACCAGAAACAGCACCAGGAGGAGUUAAUAUUCUAUUGGGAGGGGUUAUGAUGAGUAGCAUGAUAUUAUUUAUUUUAUGGAUGUGUUAUUGUUGUCGAUGGAAAGACAACAAGUUUGAUACUACAACAUGUGAUGAACAGCCUCAACCUUUUUGGAUUGAUGUCAAUUCAAACACUUACUAUGAAGCAUUGCAAUGGUCUUUACAACAAGAAUGUUGUGAAAUACCAGAAACAUAUUAUUCACCAGAGACAAUGCAAGAAACACCACCAAGAUACGAAUCUGUAAUCACACCACCACCUGGAUAUGAGGAUGUGAUGAGAGAAGAUUACAAAAAGAAAAAAUCUUUAAUGGAUAUCACAGAAAAUAAUAAGAUGCAUACCAUUUGACCACAUUUGUUUUAAGCUUAUAUAUACUUACAUUAAAUUCUUUACACUAGGAAUUACAGGGGAGUAGAAAAUCUUGACAGAUCUGUUUUGUUUUGUACAAUUU